AUGUCCUUUCCAACCGAUGACCCUUCACAGCUCUCUUUCGAAACGGAUAUACCUUCCGACGCGGAUUCCGAAGGAGCUGGGCGUCGAAAUCCGCGAACAAAUGCGGCUACUGGAGCUUCCGCUGCUGGCGUUCGCGCCAUCAGCGCCCAGGCCGUAGCUUUCUAUUUCAGAGCCCCUGUCAAAGCUUUUUUUCGCACCCGUGUAGAAAGGUGGAAGUUGGUCAUGGAAGACGACUACUCCCGGGUUGCUGGCCCACGCAGUCCGCACAUAUGGUUGGACCUUUAUUCCAUAUCAGGUGUUACCGCCGUUAAUGGCGAAUGUCACAUUUUGAGCAACCUGCAUGGUCCAACCUUGGUAGCGACGAAGCGCAUUUACCCUCCGCCUUCGCCUGUUGAUACAUUUAUGGCUGGCUUUGCCGCAGGCACGAUACAGUCAGUUAUUGCAGCGCCGUUGGAUGCUAUCCAGGCGCGCUUCAGGUCAGAUGAAUUGCUGAAUGGCCAGCAUCGGAGUGCUUGGCACUAUUGGAAGAGCAAACUAUCCGAACUGGGGAUGCGAGGAAUAUUUUCUGGUUGGACGUUAUCAUUUUUGAAAGACAGUUGCGGCUCGGCCCUAUUUUUCUGUCUGUUUGAGACGAUUAAAUCUCAAGGAUAUUAUUCAUUCGUAACGCGUUACUAUGGUUCGCUCCAACCUCGGGUGGUGGAGAAGUUGUCGACAUCUGCAAGCUAUCCUGGCGACAUUCCCGUCAUUCGUCCCCAUUAUGCGCUUGAACCGUGCUUUCUGAUGCUUGCGGGUGUCACGGCCUCGAUCGGACAACAGGUUGUGCUACACCCGCUUGGACUGCUCCAGAGUGUGUAUUACAAACGGUUGGAGCAUCUUGAUGGCAAGUUGAGUCAGAACCAAUCAAACCGAGAUUUGAUGAGAGUUCGUUUCAAUGCCUACCAAGACACCUUUGAGCGAUGCCGACGGAAAGCACAGCGGGUAGGAGGUUGGAGGGCCUGGCUAUAUCGUGGUUUCCUGUGGAAUACACUUCGUCAAGUUCCCAGCACCAGCACCGGACUGGUGAUUUUCGAGCUGGUGCGGCGGAAGUACGGCCUUCCCACCGAAGCGGUUCAUAUCAAGAAAGACGGUUACGACAUUCUUUUGACAUGA